CUCGGUGGGGCCCCAAGUGUGCGCAGCGAAUCCUCAGUCAGAUCGCGGACAGCAGCGGGGAGAUGCUGCCGUCCAGAACGGCAAAACAAGACACUUUACGAGAAAACUGGACAGUUCUUUCAUAUUCGUCAAAACAUGGAUAAUAACGACACAUAUCUUCAUCUCAGGUAUGUCACGGUGGCAGAGCCAUUUCAGUGUGAGGAGCAGGAGGCAUCACAACAAAAGAUACAGUUGGAAAACAGCUGCUCUAUCAUGCCUUUAAAAUACAGCGAGAGUUCUUCUUUGCAGGUAACACACGGUCACCUGAGCUCUCCUCCGUCCCAGCCUCCUCUCAGCUCCAUGGUGUCCCACCAUCACCCCUCCAUCAUCAACGGUCUAGGGUCACCAUACUCAGUCAUCACUUCUUCCUCCCUGGGUUCGCCUUCAGCCUCCAUGCCCACCACCUCCAGCAUGGUUUAUGGCGCACUCAACAGUCCACAGAUGAACUCUCUGAACAGUGUUAGCAGCUCAGAAGACAUUAAACCUCCUCCAGGACUGGUGGGAUUGGGCAGUUACUCCUGCAGCAGCCCGGGGUCCCUCUCCAAACACAUCUGUGCCAUCUGCGGAGACCGAUCCUCAGGGAAACAUUAUGGUGUUUACAGUUGUGAAGGAUGCAAGGGCUUCUUCAAGAGAACCAUCCGGAAAGACCUCACGUACACGUGUCGAGACAAUAAGGAUUGCCAGAUAGACAAGCGCCAACGGAACCGCUGCCAGUACUGCCGCUAUCAGAAGUGUCUGGCCAUGGGCAUGAAGAGAGAAGCGGUGCAAGAAGAGAGACAGCGGGGUCGGGAAAAGAGUGAUAAUGAGGUGGAGUCCAGCAGCAGCUUUAAUGAGGAAAUGCCAGUGGAGAAGAUUCUAGAUGCUGAGCUUGCAGUGGAACCCAAGACUGAAGCUUACAUGGAGUCCAGCACAGGAAACUCGACAAAUGACCCAGUGACCAACAUCUGCCAGGCCGCAGAUAAGCAGCUCUUCACUCUUGUUGAGUGGGCUAAAAGAAUCCCGCACUUCUCUGACCUCCCUCUGGAUGACCAGGUCAUCCUACUGCGAGCAGGUUGGAACGAGCUGCUCAUCGCUUCAUUCUCACACCGUUCAGUGACGGUUAAAGACGGGAUCCUUUUGGCCACCGGCCUGCACGUCCACCGCAGCAGUGCUCACAGCGCAGGGGUGGGCUCGAUAUUUGACAGGGUAUUAACAGAGCUGGUGUCUAAGAUGAAGGAUAUGCAGAUGGACAAGACAGAGCUGGGCUGUCUAAGAGCUAUUGUCCUCUUCAACCCAGAUGCGAAAGGAUUGUCAAACCCAUCAGAGGUCGAGGCAUUACGGGAAAAGGUUUACGCCUCACUGGAGGCCUACACCAAACACAAUUACCCCGAUCAGCCCGGCAGGUUUGCCAAGCUGCUCCUCCGUCUGCCCGCUCUGCGCUCCAUAGGACUGAAGUGCCUGGAGCACCUGUUUUUCUUCAAACUCAUCGGAGACACACCUAUAGACACUUUCCUCAUGGAGAUGCUGGAAGCACCGCAUCAAAUCACAUGACAAAAGUCUUACUGCAUGUAAAUACCCCCCAGUGCACACUUAACCCCAUUAUAACAAAAAGAAGUUCUUAUUUUUUACCAAGCACAAUGUGAAGAAAAAAAAUGUUUGAUCAAAAAUAUUGGUAUUUUCAAAGAAAGAGACACUGUUAAAGUAAAAUGUAAGAGUACUGUAAACCUUUAUUUUGUACAUAGAUUUUACCAACUGUGAUAGCUCCAACAACUAAAUGUGAAAAUAUUUAAUUCAAUGCAAAACUGUAUAAACAGUCACCAGCAAUGAGUUUAGAAUUCUGUGAAAAUAAAAGUCUUUUCAAAUGUU